AUGGGAAAGAAGCCCAAACACCGGGGGGCCGCAAAACUGACAGGGGCUCGUGAUAUCGGAGCACUUCUCCUCCGACCCGCCAAGGCCGCAGUAACCCCCGCUCCGACUCAAAAUGGCGACUCUGCCUCGGCGUCCUCCGCAGAACAGCUCCUUGAUGAGCUGGACGACUUCCCCGACACAGGGGGAUUACACAGUGUAUCUUCAGACGAAGACAAUGACCUACCCUCCACCAAAGGGGACAUAAAAGUCCUCCUAUGCAAUAUACGCUCCCUCUUCGCGGCAGACAUGGCGGUACUGAGAGAAGAGAUUCACACCGUGGAGGGGCGAAUGAGGAAGACGGAGGCGGAAUCGCAGGGCCUCGCCGCACGCUGUGUACAAUUAGAGGCUCACAACACAGAGCUGCAGCGCGCCCAGGCACUGCUCACCACCCGCCUGGACGCAAUGGAGGACCGGCACAGACGCCGCAACGUGAAGAUCAGAGGGGUCCCUGAAACAGUGACCCAGGAAGGCAUACAGGGAUAUCUUGGGCGGCUUCUCGCCUCCCUGCUCACACCACAGCAGAUGAAGACGGCCCUAACGGACGGGUCUUACAGAAUCCCAAGAGCCGCUAGAGCCCCAGCAGACACCCCGAGAGACAUCAUCCUCCAAUUUCAAACGCAGACAGGCCAAGCAACCUUUAUGGCAGCGGUGAGAGGAAAGGCAUCCCACCUCUUCGAGACAACUAGCCUGUCAUUCUUCCAAGAUCUAUCCAGGCCCACGUUGCUGUGGAGAAGCCUCCUCAAACCCCUGACGACCACUCUCCGCCAAGCCUCAGUCCCAUACCGUUGGGCAUUCCCCAGAAGCUUGCUCAUCACGCAUAAAGGCGCAUCCAAACGGGUCACUGACCCAUCCGAAAUAGAUUCAGUACUGACAGCGCUGGGCCUAUCACCGAGACAGGAACAAGCUAAUACCGACCAGAGGCCAAAGACCCAACACACCUGGGAUGUAGCAAACGUAAGACCGUUCCAACCAGUCACCCCCGGUGCCUCGUCCUCCACCGCCUACAAGGCGCAACGGGCAAACCGGCAACUGGCGGACACCUGA